UCUGCAAGAACAACCUCAUCGUGACUCGGAGAGAGAUUUAUUAUCGUAACUCAAAUUUCAUCCUCGGCUUCAACUUCACAUAUCUCUGCGUCUGAUUUUUUGAGGUUCCGUUUAAGGCGAAGCCAUGGCGACCGCCUCAGUUGCUUUUAAAUCCAGGGAGGACCAUCGAAAACAAAUUGAAUUGGAAGAAGCCCGUAAAGCAGGGCUUGCACCCGCAGAGGUUGACGAAGAUGGAAAAGAAAUCAACCCUCAUAUUCCCCAAUACAUGUCUUCUGCCCCUUGGUAUCUUAAUGCUGAGAGACCUAGUUUGAAACAUCAAAGGAAGUGGAAAUCAGAUCCCAAUUACACAAAAUCAUGGUAUGAUAGGGGUGCUAAAACUUUUCAGGCCGACAAGUUUAGGAAGGGUGCAUGUGAGAACUGUGGAGCUAUGACUCACAAUGCCAAGUCAUGCAUGGAAAGACCACGUAAAUUAGGAGCGAAGUGGACAAACAAGUACAUUGCUCCUGAUGAGAAAAUUGAAACUUUUGAGCUUGACUAUGAUGGUAAACGGGACCGAUGGAAUGGGUAUGAUGCUUCAACUUAUGCUCGAGUGAUUGAAAGGUAUGAAGCUAGAGAUGAAGCUCGAAAGAAAUAUUUAAAAGAACAACAACUGAAGAAAUUGGAGAAAAGCGACAAAAAUGGUGAGGAUGCAGUCAGUGAUGAAGAUGAAGAGGAAGAUGAUCUUAGAGUGGAUGAGGCUAAGGUGGAUGAAAGCAAACAAAUGGACUUUGCAAAGGUUGAGAAACGUGUGCGCACAACAGGUGGUGGAAGUACGGGAACUGUGAGGAACCUGCGUAUUCGUGAGGAUACUGCAAAAUAUCUGCUGAAUCUCGAUGUCAAUUCCGCACACUAUGAUCCCAAAACACGGUCCAUGCGUGAGGAUCCUCUUCCAGAUGCAGAUCCGAAUGAGAAAUUCUAUGGGGGUGAUAACCAAUAUAGAAAUAGCGGACAAGCUUUGGAAUUCAAGGAAUUAAACAUCCAUGCUUGGGAAGCAUUUGAUAAGGGGCAAGAUGUUCACAUGCAAGCAGCUCCAUCCCAAGCUGAGUUGCUUUAUAAGAAUUUUAAGAUAAUGAAGGAAAAUUUGAAGUCUCAAACAAAGGACACCAUUCUGGCAAAGUAUGGCAAUGCAUCUGAUGAGGACAAACUUCCAAGAGAGCUUCUUCUGGGUCAAAGUGAGAGGCAAGUUGAGUAUGACCGUGCUGGUAGAAUUAUAAAAGGACAGGAGGCAGCACUUCCUAAGAGCAAGUAUGAAGAAGAUAUUUAUAUUAACAACCACACUACUGUUUGGGGCUCCUGGUGGAAGGAUUACCAUUGGGGUUACAAGUGCUGCAAGCAGACAAUACGCAAUAGCUAUUGCACAGGAGCUGCUGGUAUUGAAGCUGCUGAGGCUGCAAGUGAUCUCAUGAAAGCUAACAUUGCUCGUAAAGAGGCUGUUGAAGAGGAUCGUAAGCCUGCAGAGGAGAAAAAGCUUGCAACAUGGGGAACUGAUGUUCCUGAUGACCUUGUUUUGGACGAGAAAUUGCUCGCUGAAGCGCUCAAAAAGGAGGAUCAGAGAAAGAGAGAAGAGAAAGAUGAGAGGAAGCGUAAAUAUAACGUUAGAUGGAAUGAUGAGGUCACUGCAGAGGACAUGGAGGCAUACAGGAUGAAGAAAAUCCACCCCGAUGAUCCAAUGAAAAGCUUUCUGCACUAAACUUCACAGUGGGCAUAAAAGCAUGCAGCCUGUUUUAUUACUGACGACUUGAUGCCACAAUUUGGGAGAUUGGAUCACCUUGUAUAGCCGUGGCAAUACCCUACCUCUGUUAUGUUUGUAGUUUAUCUGGGCCGUGACCCUGUAUAACAAGCUUAUUAGAUCAAAUUCAAGGUGAUUUAAUCAUUAUCGAUGAAUUAAUCGUGUGUAAUAUUGUGAAAAUUUGAGGAAAAAAAUACUAUUAAUUUGCUAUUCA